AUGGGGAAGAUUCCCAUGUUCUCCCCCGGCUCCACAGUGAGCUCCGCUCUGCCCGGCUACGUCGCUCUCUGCCUCGCUCUACAGAUUCACAGGCUGGCGUCAGAUUUCACGGCAGAGUUCACAGUGAUUGGACCUGACCGUCCAAUCAUUGCCUCCCUAGGUGGGGAGGCCGUCCUGCCCUGCCACCUCUCCCCCAGGAUGAGUGCUGAGAACAUGGAGCUGAGAUGGUUCCGAUCCGAGUUCUCUAUAGUCGUGCACCUGUACCGUGAUGGGCAGGAUCAGUAUAGACAUCAGAUGCCGGAAUAUCAAGGAAGAACUGAACUCUUGAAAGGCGACAUCAAGAAUGGGAGUGUUUCCCUGAGAAUACGCGAUAUCCGACCCUCCGACAAUGGGCAGUACAAAUGUUUUUUUCAGUCCGGUGUCUCUUAUAAAGAUGCUUUUUUGGAACUGCAGGUGGCAGGUUUGGGCUCUGCUCCUGCCAUCUCUGUGGAGGGACAUCAGGACAGAGGGAUCCGGGUGGUGUGUCGAUCAGCCGGAUGGUACCCAGAGCCCGAAGCUGAGUGGAGAGAUCUCCUGGGGAAGAUCUUACAAUCAGACUCUGAAAAAAUAUCCCCAGAGGCCAAUGGCCUGUUUCAAGCAGAGAUUGCCAUUGUUCUAACAGAAGAGUCCAACCAGAAAGUAUCCUGCUGUGUCAGGAACCCGCAACUCAACCAGGAGAGAGAGUCAGAGAUUUCCGUAGCAGAGCUGUUUUUCCCACGAGUCAAUCCUGGGCUGGUGGCUCUGGGUGUGAUUCUGGCUAUCCUGGCUGUUCUCAUUCUCCUGGCCAGUUACUGCAUCUGGAGGCAGCACAGAGCAAAAGAGACGCUGCGAUCUGAACUGGAGAGCGAGAAAGAGAAGCUGCGAUCUGAUCUGGAGCGCGAGAAAGCGGCGCAUCGUGCAGAGAAAGAUAAACUCCAGGUUGAGCUCAGGUGGAGACGCGCCCAGCUCUACUCAGUGGACGUGACUCUGGAUCCAGACACGGCAAAUCCCAAACUCAUCCUGUCUGAGGAUCGGAAACGUGUGAGAUGUGGACAUACACGACAGGAUCUGCCCGACAACCCUGAGAGAUUUGAUCCUUGUCCCUCCGUCCUGGGCGUUCAGGGGUUCGCGGGUGGGAGGCAUUAUUGGGAGGUGGAGGUGGGAGACAAGACAAGAUGGGAUCUGGGGGUUUGUAGUGAAUCUGUGAGCAGGAAGGGAUGGAUCACAGCCACACCUGAGGAUGGAUUCUGGGUCGUGUGGCUGAGGGAGGAGGAAUACAAGGCCCUCACCUCCCCCUUGACCCCCCUCCCCGUGAGCGUCAGGCCCAGCCGGGUGGGGAUUUUCCUGGACUAUGAGGCAGGCGAGGUCUCGUUUUACAAUGUGACUGACAGGUCCCAUCUCUUCACUUUCACUGACACCUUCUCCGGGAAGCUCCGCCCUUAUUUCUAUCCUGGUGUCAACACCUGGGGUACAAAUGCAGAUCCCCUGAAAAUCUGCCCGGUCCCAGCUCAGACCGAAGGGAAUCUCUGUCCCUGACUGUGACACCCACGGCACAGACUGGCCCCUUCCAAUGUCGUUGCUCUUCCCACCCUCCCCUCCGCCAGU